AUGAAACCUAAAGAUGUCACUGCUGCUCAUGAGAAGUACUUGUUACGUCAUAUCUAUAGAGAACUCACAACUCCUCGCAUAAAGAAAAUCAAGUUCAAGGUUGGAGAUAAGGUGCGCGUCAGCAAGUACAAGAAUAUAUUCGAGAAAGGAUAUACACGCAACUGGACGACGGAGAUAUUCACGAUAAGUGAAGUUGUAAACAUCAAUCCUGUGACCUUCAAGCUCAUCGACUAUGAGGACCAACCAAUUGAGGGUGGAUUCUACCAGGAGGAGUUAACGAAGGUCACAUAUCCUGACGUUUACCUCGUGGAGAAAAUACUCCGAAGACGUGGAAACAAAGUCUUUGUCAAGUGGGUGGGUUUUGAUAAUUCACACAAUAACUGA